UUAUCUCCCCAAUUUUCAGAAAUGGAGUCUAUCUGCGAGCUACAAGUGCCCUCUCCGAAACGUAGAGUGACGCUUUCAAACGCGGGUGAUUCCCAGAAUGGUCGACCAAGCAUUGCAAGGCAUCUUCCUCAGCUACGUUCGGAAGUUACUCGAGAUGUUCCGUCGAUUGUGCUGUUUCAGUCGAGCGAGUCGCCUAGAGCGAAAGUUUCUGCUUCAGUGUCCUAUUCAUUGGAAAAUCGUCAAGAACCAACGACACUACGCCGUGCUGAGAAGAAAGAAGUUUCUGCGACAAAAUCCGCGCCAUCUACAUCCGCUAUUUUUCGACAGACGUCAUUAGAUUCCUGCCCCAAACUAACAUCCAAGCCAGUCGUACCUACCGCAUCUCUUGUAGGCUUGAAUAGCUUGAGCGUGAGUGAGCAAUCAGCCAACAACAGUUUCAUAAUCAGUAGAACGACGAGCAAUGAUGCAAAUUGCUCAUGCGAACUCUGGAGUCCUGGCUGUGGUGAAAACCCGAUUCUGGCUCGCAAUCGCAGCGGGCUAUUGAAGGAUAACCCGUAUCAGGAUGAAACGAUGAACAAAAGGAAGAGGUCAGAGCUCAAUUUGGAAGAAGAAGAACCAGAAAUAUACAUUCCACCGGAAAACCUCGUCGUUGCUCUUCACCGCAAAGUUGCAUUGUUUAAGAGGCGAAACGCAGAUAUAAUUAGAAAACUCGUCUAUGCAACUAUGCUCGGGGCCGUCAACGCUUAUGUAAUUUCUGUUCUCUGGCACCAUCACGUGAAGGACUCUGGGGGUAUGAGUUUAUGCGAUGGUCCCGGUCUUCUGUUGGUAUCUCUGGUAACUUUUUACGUCGUAAUGAGCUUUCGUCAUCUGGUCAAACCACUACUGGGGAAGUUGCUGUUCGUGGUAGUUCGUCGCUGGGCACCAUGUCUUCAGCGGACGCAACGAUUGGUUGACAACGAGUAUUCCCGCGCCGGAUUUCACGUAUUCCUAUUAUUAGGAGUGACUGUCGGCUUUUUAGCACAUGCAGAAGGAUCUUUCGAAAGACUACGUUCGGGAUUUGGAUUUAUUGUGGUCAUGUGCAUGGCAGUUCUAUUAUCCUCUUCUCCAGCAAAGAUCGAAUGGAGCUUGGCUGUGCGAGGGGUUGUGAUGCAAAUGCUGGUUGCCGUUUCAGUAGCUCAUGUCCCGCUUUUCCGUGAUACAGUGGAGUGUUUAGGUGGAAAAGUUGAUGAAUUUCUGCAGUCGUCCAAGACUGGGCUGGCAAAAGCAUACGGGCCCUAUGGCGGUGGUGUUUUCUCGACUCCAUUACAUUCUUCUAUGAUCAACGGAAAUUAUUCUCAAAAGAUGCCAACUGUGGAAAUAGCGUUUGAAGUUCGGCAGCAAGUAUAUGCUUUCCAUCUAACUGCUGUACUUGGUUUAAGAACUUACUGGAACAAGAUAACGCACUCUGAGGCUCACGUAGUUCUUUUGGCUGUAUUUGCAACGGCUUCAGGUGGGACUAUUCUAGUCACUGACUUGAGCAAAGCAAGUUUUGGGCGUGUUUUAUUGAUGAGUUUGUUGACCUUACCAGCUGUCAUUUUGAUAUCCAAAUUGGUAUUUCCUGAAAUAAAACACAAGGUAUUCUACCAAAAGCGGAAUAUGUUAUUGAGGGAAGACGUCUGCGGUCUCGAUUGCAGGAAUUGGCUGGAUGCCGGUUCACGUGGAUCGUCACUUGCAGCUGAGAUUGUCAUCACACUUGUGUCAACUAUUGUUUCUUUUUCUGCUCUGCUGAGCCUGAUUAAUGGCGUGGUGGAAGUUCACCUUAGAUACCUUGGCUAUCCUGGCAGUAAUCUUGUGACCCUGGCAACUCCGGGAUUUCUUCCUUUUGUUUGGCUCACUGGGGUGAACAGAGCGGAAUGUUGGUCUGUGGCUGAACUUCUGGCGCGGCGGAGCUUUGAAAAUGUUUCGUUGGAAAUUGUUACGUGGAAAGAUUUGAUGACCUCUGCAUAUUUAUCUGCAAAGUCGUUCAGCGAAGAUUGCCAGUGUGAUGCUGAUGGGAAGCACAAAUGCUCUGACAGUAGCUGUGGUUCUCAGCUGUCUAGUGGUCUUGAUACCCGAGUCAAGGCGAGCACACGUACCGCUUAUUUUUCGGGCUUAUUUUGCUGCAUUUAUGGCAAAUGUUGUUGCGGGAGCAUCAUUUGGUAA